AAACAGCUGAUUUUAGAGUUAAACUUCUAUCAAAACUAUGUGAAAGAUUGAUUAGCUUUUAUUAAAUUAGUAUGAAUAAGAUUAUUAAUAAGUGUCAUGAACGAAGUGUAAUCUAAAUUUAACUUUUUAACUAAAACAAUUAAUUUUAAAAACUACGUUGGAUUUGAGUUUAUCUGUAUAAUAAACAUUUUUAACCUUAAAGAAAUUUCAAAAUUUUUGUUUAUGUUGAUGUGAAAUUCAUGAAAGUAUCGUCAAAAUAAAGAUGCCUGAUGAAGAAAUAGAAAACAGAGCGGAGGUUGAUGGAAUUGUAGGACACGACACACCUACGGAUCAACGAUGCCGAAUUUACGCCAGCAUAUCCUUCGCAGUACUGCUUCUAGGCGUCGGUUUGCCUCUUUGGUGGGAAACCACGGCUGUGCCCCGAGCUCCAGUUAAUCAUCGAGCCAUAAGCGCGCUUCAAGGUGUUGAUGUCAGGCUGCACAUGCACGUGUUGUUCGGCUGCGCGACCAAAGAGCGCAGCGCCGAUCUCGCCGUCGAAUUCAUGCGGAGGCUAACGCAUUCCGGGUCGAUCGACAUUUACAAAUUGACCCUAGAGCAUUUUAGUUAUCAAAAUACUUCUAUACUAAGAGCUAGAUCAGUCGCUGAUUUGGAUCGAUCUAUUUCCACGUUCGAUCUCAAGCCUGGAGAUCUUAUGAUUUUAGAGGUAAAGCCAGAAGUUCUUGGUAAAGAUAUCGAUGUGUGGGUCACCAACCAUCGGGCCAUUUAUUAUUCUGAAAAAUCAGAUCGCGGAGUCGUGGCCAAAGUAAUUCGUCAAUGGAUUUAUCGGGAACCAUCGCUAUCACUGACUCGAAAUGCUAUAAUUGAGCCAGAAAAAUUCAGCUUGAAUCCGGAGAACCGUCAACGUUUUCCUGCUAGUCCAAACUACGAUAUUCUCCUCACUAUCGUCAAUCCUCAACCGGAAGAAAUGAAAGUCAAUUCAAGUAUUGCCAACAUUGUACCAAAUUACUUCGAGCCGUUUCUACAGGGAUUGAAAGACAUCGCUGAUUUUUCUGUUAAAUCACAAUGGCUGUACCUGUUACCACUGGGCGUGAAACCAAAACAAUUAGCCGAUUCCAGCAAAUGGGGUAAACAUUAUGCUUUGCCAGAAGAUGUUUUGCCUCAGAUUAUUACUCCACUCGAAAAAAAACUCGCUUCGCAAGUGAGUCUGCACCCUACGAUAAAUCUAGUCAUGUACAUUGUUCCAUGUAGCGAAGCACCGCUGUAUAUAUAUGACCAAAAUGGUCAACGACAAGACGUGGGAUCGAGGGCUUUCCAUUCACCAAGAUGGGGUGGAAUAGUAUUAGUCAACCCGUCUUAUGAAUUUUGUACCAAAACCAAAACCGACAAAGUAUUUACUCCAGAUGAACUCUUUGUUACUGGAGUAUUUUUGCAACAUUUAAAACUUCUCAUAGGUGUUACUGAUAAGAUGCCGAUUCCACGAGUAUACGUGGCUGAUCCGUACGGAUUGGAACUCCGCUUGUGGGAAAUCGAUGAUAUCUUGCGUAUGAGAGCAAUAGAGCAGCUGACCUCAGCCAAGCUAACUUUGCAAUCAUUAUCAAAAUUACUCAAGGAAAUCAGUAAUAUUGUCAUAACGGAUACGGUAGGUAAUAGAAUUACUAGAGCCUUGGAUUUGGUUAAAAAAUCGGCUCAAUUGUUGGACGAAGCAGAUUUGGUAAAUGGUUUUCUUACCAGUAAAGAAGCUUUCGUCGUCUCUGAAGCAGCUUUCUCCGACCCAAGUUUGCUUGCUUUGUUGUAUUUUCCAGAUGAUCAAAAAUAUGCUGUGUAUAUUCCACUAUUUUUACCAGUCAUGAUUCCUGUUCUCUUCUCACUCAAAAAUAUAAAAAAUUAUUUAUUUUGUUCAGAUUAAAUUGUUAAAAAUUCAUCUCAGAUAAAUAAAUGUAAAAAACGUAAAAUAAGAAUUUAAACCAUCAUAUUAAAUUAGGAACUAUCAUAAAAUGCAUGAAAUUACAAUCGAUUUUGGACAACCGAUACAUUUAUAAAAAUUUAUUAAGGCCUUAUUCUCUGUAUUGUGAUAAAUUAUUGUGAAUUAAAACAUUAAAUCACAUUUUUUUACACUU